AUUUUGUUUCACUUGCCUCGCUGCCACCCGUUUUGCAGGAGCAGCCACCCCAAAUCGCUGCUUUCUGUUCUGUAAUCUCCAUUUCCUUCCUAUUUCUCUCUCAACCCGCCCACCGCACCGCACCACACCAUGGAGGCAUUGUCAUUCUCCUCCGCCCUGUCGCCUCUUCGUCGUCACAACCGUUUGCACAACUUGGCUGGCAGAAGCAAUCAAUUUGCCAGAGGAUGGUCUGGCAAGCCCUUCAUAACCGCCACCCUGUCCAAAUCGGCGGUGGAGGUAACCUCCGUACCUUCUUCGUCUUCGACCGUUACCUCUCGAGAAGAAGAUCCGCUGGCUGUGAUUUCCGUACCCCCUCGUCCCAUUGUAUCUCCCGAUUCUCUACAGUACCCUCCUGGUUACCUUGGAGCAGUCCCAGACCGCUCUGACUGUGAUGACAAUGAUAGCAUAAUCAAUGCCAUGGGUUACUUGACCAAUAUACUUUCUUCUAAGGUCUAUGAUGUGGCUAUUGAAUCUCCGCUCCAGUUGGCGCCAAAGAUGUCGGAAAGAUGGGGUGUCAAUGUUUGGCUCAAAAGGGAGGAUUUACAGCCCGUUUUCUCAUUUAAGCUCCGAGGAGCUUAUAAUAUGAUGGCCAAACUUCCAAAAGAUCAGCUGGAAAAAGGUGUUAUCUGCUCAUCAGCUGGAAACCAUGCCCAAGGAGUGGCAUUAGCUGCCAAGAGAUUGAAUUGCAGUGCCGUGAUUGCUAUGCCUGUUACCACCCCAGAAAUAAAGUGGCGAUCUGUUGAGAAGCUGGGUGCUACAGUUGUUCUAGUUGGGGACUCUUAUGAUGAGGCACAAGCAUAUGCUAAGAAGCAUGCAAAAGAGGGGGGUCGAACAUUCAUACCUCCGUUUGAUCAUCCGGAUGUCAUUAUGGGCCAGGGAACAGUUGGGAUGGAAAUUUUUCGCCAAGUACAGGGUCCAGUGCAUGCAAUAUUUGUGCCCGUGGGAGGUGGUGGUCUGAUAGCUGGCAUUGCUGCUUAUGUGAAGCGGGUGUCUCCACAGGUAAAGAUUAUUGGAGUAGAACCCACUGAUGCAAAUGCAAUGGCACUGUCAUUACAUCAUGGUCAGAGAGUGAUUUUGGACCAGGUAGGAGGAUUUGCAGAUGGUGUAGCUGUUAAAGAGGUCGGUGAAGAAACUUUUCGCCUAUGCAAGGAUUUGGUUGAUGGUGUAGUCCUUGUAAACCGUGAUUCAAUCUGCGCUGCUAUAAAGGACAUGUUUGAAGAGAAAAGAAGCAUACUAGAACCAGCAGGUGCUCUUGCCCUUGCUGGAGCAGAGGCAUACUGUAAAUAUUAUGGUCUCAAGGGAAAUAUUGUAGUGAUAACCAGUGGGGCAAACAUGAAUUUUGACAAGCUGAGGGUGGUGACUGAACUUGCUAAUGUUGGUCGAAAGCAAGAGGCUGUGCUAGCAACUAUUUUGCCGGAGGAACCUGGUAGUUUCAAGCAGUUUUGUCAAUUGGUAGGGCAGAUGAAUAUUACAGAAUUCAAGUACAGAUAUAAUUCUGAUAAGAAAGCCGUUGUCCUGUACAGUGUUGGGGUUCAUACGGUUUUGGAACUAAGAGCCAUACAGGAGAGGAUGGAAUCUUCUCAGCUUAAAACUUAUAAUCUCACGGAGAGUGACUUGGUGAAAGAUCACUUGCGAUAUCUGAUGGGAGGUCGAUCAAAUGUUCAGAAUGAGGUUCUUUGUCGAUUUGUCUUCCCAGAAAGACCUGGUGCUCUGAUGAAAUUUUUAGAUUCUUUCAGUCCACGUUGGAAUAUUAGUUUAUUCCAUUAUCGAGGGCAGGGUGAAACUGGCGCGAAUGUAUUGGUCGGAAUACAGGUACCAAAAGAAGAGAUGGUAGAAUUCCAUGACCGUGCUGACAUACUUGGAUAUGAUUAUACUGUAGUAAACAACGAUGAUGACUUCCAGCUUCUAAUGCACUGAGGAUGGCAGCCUCCAUUGUGAUUAUUAUUAUUAUUUUUCCCCUUAGCGUAAGCUUAUGCGAUAGCCGCAGUACAGAGAGAGGGGGAUGACUGGCAAAGAGAAGGCCUCAAGGCACACUAGCCUGGUUGAGAAGAGCAGCUAGUGGUUUCUUCCUAUUAUAAUAAGUAAGUUAUCUGUUGUAAUGUAUUCAGUUUUACUUUAUAAUUGGGUUGGAUAUGAAAUCCUCUAAUGUUAGAUAGUCUUUUCAUCGCUGUAAAAUAAUUCAAUCUCAGUUUCAUACCAUUUUCUUAUUUUGAUUUUAUUUUUAA